GUCGUAUGGAGUAAAUCAUCAGUUAACUGUGAAAACCUGUGAAUACAAGAUGAAUCGAAAGUUUCUCUGUCUUUUUCUCUGUGCAAUUAUAAGUUUGGAGCUCCUAGUUCCAUGCGCUAAUUGUUCUGGCACUGUUAAAAAGAUGAAAAAAAUCGGCAAAGCUGCGGGCAAGGGUGCUAUGGAAACUGCCAAGGGAAUUGGUAAAUCAACUGCCAAAUUUGGAGUAAGUACGGUAAAAACGGUUGGAUAUGGGAUCAACACUGCUGUUAAUGCUGCUGACACCGGUCUUGCAAUAGGACUUUGUCCAAUAGCAUGUUUGUGCGGUUGCCCAGGAAAAGGUAUUGGACUGGUUGAAAAGACAGCUACCGAAUUACAAAAAAAUGCUGUACAUACGGUUACCAAUGGAAUCAACGCAGGCAAACGUGCUGGUAUUGUGGGUAAAAAGGUAGCAACUAGUCCUUAUACUUGUGGUAAAAAUGCGAUGCAAGAGAUGGCAGAAAUCGAACAUCAAGAGGAAAUUCUGGAAGCACUAGAGGAAGAAAAACGGAGAAAAUUGAAGGAACUACCAGGACCAAGUAAUUGAUCACAUUUUUCAGUGGUUUUUACUCAUAAUUUAACGUUUCUUUUUUCAUUUGUGACAAAAUAUUGAAAAUAAAUAUUGCAAUUGAACAUAUUUUAAUAA